GGGGGCGGAGCCGUGGGAACGAGAAGCCGGCCCGAGGGAGCCGAACCAGAGGGGUUAGGAGGACACAAAUGUAGCCCUCAUUGGAAGAGGCAGGAGCCGCGUCCCCCUUCAGAGGUUUGGCCAGCCCCCGAGAAAGCCCAGCUGUUGCACGGAUUCAGGACCCUCCAGCUCCUCCGAGGACAGCAAAGAGUCUCAGGAUGGACAAAUACAAAGCUCUAGAGCAACUAUUUACAGAACUUGAAGAUUUUCUAAAGAUAUUGGACAAGGAAAACCUCAGCAGUACUGCCAUAGUGAAGAAGAGUUUUCUCUCUGAUCUCCUUCGGCUUUGCACAAAAUCAAGUGGUGGUGAUGAGGAAUACAUUUACAUGAACAAAGUCACCAUUAAUAAACAACAAUGUCAACCAGAGAAACCAGAAAAUGUGCUGGGUCAGAAAGACUCCUUGGCCAAUAAAGAAGUGGAACAGCAUUUGUCUCCUCCUCAGAAGAACUUGCCUGACCUCCCACCACCAAAAAUAAUUCCAGAAACAAAGCAGCAUUCAUGCACCAAAACUGAGUCUCCAGAGGGGUACUAUGAAGAAGCAGAGCCCUAUGGUAUCUCAGCGAAUGAUGAUGGAGAAGUGGUCAGCAGCUCCUAUGAAUCCUAUGACGAGGAAGAGAGCAGUAAGGGCAAGUCAGCUCCACACCAGUGGCCCUCCACUGAAGCUUCCAUUGAACUCAUGAAAGAUGCCCGGAUCUGUGCUUUCCUAUGGCGGAAGAAAUGGCUGGGGCAAUGGGCCAAGCAGCUGUGUGUCAUUAAAGACAACAGGUUGUUGUGCUACAAGACAUCCAAGGACCACAACCCCCAGCUGGAUGUUAGUCUGGUGGGCUGUAGUGUCAUCCAUAAGGAGAAGAAUGUGAGGAAGCAGGAACACAAGCUGAAGAUUAUCCCAACAAAUACAGAUGUCAUUGUGUUGGGCUUGCAAAGUAAGGAUCAGGCAGAACAGUGGCUUAAGGUAAUCCAAGAGACAAGCGGUCUCUAUCCUGAUGGGCUAUGCGAUGGGAACCAAUAUAUUCCAGACUCCCAGCGACUUAGUUAUCCCAAGGUGGAGUCAUCCGAGAGAUAUUCAGUAACAUCAGAAAAUGGAGGCAGCAUUGAUAGUCAUCCAGAGCUGCAAGAAACUAAAGAUGUGAAGAAGAAAGGCACAUCUGGAUUAAAGCUGAGCAACUUGAUGAACCUUGGGAGAAAGAAAUCAUCCUCAUUGGAUGGUCCAGAAAGAUCAUUGGAUACUUGUACAUACAUGAAUGUACUUGUGAACAGCCAGUGGCGAUCUCGGUGGUGUUACAUUAAAGAUGGGCAGCUGCAUUUCUACCAGGACAAGAACAGAAGCAAAUCUGUUCAACAGCCUCUAAACCUGAUAGGCUGCAACGUUAUCCCUGAGCCAAGCCCGGACCAUCUCUACUCUUUUCGUAUCCUGCAUAACGGGGAAGAACUGGCCACAUUAGAGGCCAAGUCUUCUGAAGAAAUGGGCCACUGGCUGGGCCUCCUUUUAUCAGAAUCUGGCUCGAAAACAGACCCUGAAGAACUGACCUAUGACUAUGUUGAUGCUGACAGGGUGUCCAGCAUUGUAAGCGCUGCAAAGAAUUCAUUCCUUUUAAUGCAGAGGAAGUACUCCGAGCCCAACACCUAUAUUGAUAACCUGCCAAAGGGAAAAGGAGAACAAGAGGAGCUCUAUGAUGAUGUGGAUGUUCCAGAGGUAUCAGUGGAGGAAGCAACCCCAAAUGAAAGCAAAGGGGAAGGGGAACAAGACAGAGUCUACCUAGACCUCACUCCUGUUAAAUCCUUCCUUCAUUGUGCUGGCAAGAAGCAUGUUCAGAUGUCCCCUCCAAUUUCUCCUUCCUUGCAAAGAGCUUUCAUGAAGAACCAAACAGACUCUGCCAAAGAUUUAUCCACAAUGCAUAAAGAAGCAGAUUUUAGCAGAAGGUCAAUGGAAAUCCCAGAUCAGAGACAUCAAGACAUUGAUGAGCUACUGCCUCCAAGGACAACCAUGGUAAAAAUCCAGACACAGCAGCAGCAAAUUGCCUUUCCUCAGAGUGGCCCUGAGAUUAAGGACAGCACGACCAUUGUGACUGUCCCCAAAGAGAAAAUGGACCAGUCCAAGGUCAUUAAUACAGCACCUGUAGAAACCAAACUAGGCAAGAACAGGACAGAGGCUGAGGUGAAGCGGUACUCAGAAGAAAAAGAGCGCCUGGAGAAGGAGAAAGAAGAUAUCCGCUCUCAGCUGGCACAGCUUCGGAAAGAGAAAAGGGAGCUGAAAGAGAUGCUGAUAAGCUGCACAGAUAAGAGCCUUUUGUCUAUAAAGGAGCAAAAACUGAAGGAAGUUGAGGAGGAGUGCAAAAAGAAAGAAGAUCAGCGUGUAGACUUGGAGCUGAGCCUUGUUGAAGUGAAGGAGAACCUCAGGAAAGCAGAAUCUGGUCCUGUCACGCUAGGCACAGCUGUGGAUACCACACAUCUGGAAAAUGCAAGCUCCAAAAUAAAAAUUGCCUACCCUGUGAAUGGCACAGAGAACUCACCAGUGAAUUCGGCAAUGGCUUUGAAGAACCGGCCAUUAUCUGUAAUGGUCACAGGGAAAGGAACAGUUCUACAGAAAGCAAAGGAAUGGGAGAAAAAAGGUGUUAGUUAGAAAACCACAGCAUCCAGGAUGGACUUAAGACUAGAACUGGCUCUGCGUAGACCAAAGGACUUUGUUGCCAGUAGGUAAAAAGGUCCAGUUCAGACAAAGCACAGCUGUCAGCGUUUCGUGUCAUCUGUCUAGAAGAACUGAUGGACCUGGGACUAUAUCAACACAGUCUUCUUCAGAAAAAGGAUGUUUCUCCUUGUAGCAGAGUUGGGCUGUGUAGCUAAGAGAAUUAACACAAAUGUCAGCAUUGCUUCUAACCCUAUUGAUAUCAUAAAAAUGUUGCUGUACAUAAGGAUGCUUUUGAGUAUUUCUACAUUGGUGUUUUAUCACUGUACAAUCCAAGAUUUGUCAUUAAUAAUAGAACAUGGAGUUAUAACUUCAAACGGGAUCUGUUUAAUGCCCUUUUUUUAUUUUGUUACACCAGGGUUGCAGGAUAGGCGAGGGAGGUAAAUACAACUGAGAAGCUAGCUACUGCUUCAUGCAUCCAUGUGUUCCUUUGGGUGAGGUUUUCUAAGCCAUGAAGAAAAUUUGAGAGAAGCUCAUGGGAAACACAGCUAAGAAUUAAGAAUUGUGUGCAGAAUUUCCCUUUUUAAAAAUCUGGAAUUCAAAGCAUACAAGGAUGGAAGUUUCAGAGCACCCAGAAAACCUCUCUGCUGGGCCUUUGGAGUUUGCAGAGAUGCAUCCUGGAUGGUGAGCUCCAAGGGACUCUGUGCACACAGAGAACUAAUGUAUGUUAGGGCCAGGGCCAGGGCCAGGGCCAGUGCUGUGAAGCAUCCCACUGUGCAAGGAACUUUCCUUAACACUGAAGUGUAAUGUAUGAAUGGGAGUUCAGCUGGAAGAUGGGGAAACAAAAGCUCAGUAAAAACUAAAUGAUAAAGAGGUGGGAUUUCAUUCCCAUCUUUCAAAACAUGUUCAAGGCACUGCUGAAUAAUUCUAAUGCACUUUAGAAACUCAGUAAUGCUCCAUAUACAAAUAAUGCUAGGUUAUAAGCUCACUGGAGCAGAUGCCCAUCACUUCUGUAUUAUGUACAUUAGUCAAUAGAGAGAUUAGAUGGUAUAAAUGAUAAAUGGAUGUAAAAGCAACUUUAAACAUUACCACUGAAUUUGGAGCAUAAUCACAUCCAAAUGAUUGUGAAAAAUGGAACUCUGCGUGUUACUUCUUUCUGGAAGAUAAAGAAGACAGUUGUGCAGUUCUUGCCUACUCCACAAGGAGAAGCUGCAACAAACCAGAGUCUGAUUGUUGCUGUUUGUUUAUAUCCCUUUGUAGCAGUGACUGUUAAUAUCAACACAUAUGGAUGUGUGGCACAGGUGCCAGAAUUGCCAAUUGAAUGUACCCACAGAUUUAGCUGUUGUCAUGUUAAAAUUCCAUUCUGGACCAGAGCCCCUGAAAAGACUUCCCAGGCAAAUGCCAAAAGAACCUUGACUCUAAGAAGAAAGACUAGGCUGCCUCUUUGCUGCAGUGAGCAGGGCCCAACCUACCCCAGUGUUAUUGAGUUGUUUUGUCUUUUGGUGAAAAAGAAGGAACCAAAGCAGAAAUACCUCCACAACAGCACAACCUCAAAGAAAUAAAGCACUUUUCCUAGCCCAAAUAGGCCCCACCCCUGACCUUCCCACCACAGUAGGCAAGACUGCAAGAAGUUUAGAACGGUCUCUAUGGUCAGAUGGGAAAAGCUACCCCACAGCAGAAUGUCUUCCUUCUCUGAAGGAGAACUGGAAAUGUCCUCCUUUGAAUGCCUCCUCUUCUCUUCCAAUCAACAGAAAUGUAAUUAGAGCAAGGUAGGACUAGAGCAGUCUUUCAUCAGGGGAAGACAAAGAGCAGCAUACGCAUCAGCAUAUGGGACUGAGUUAGGUUUAGAUUCAACAUCAAACAUUCCAGAUUUUCAAUGUUUGUUUAGUACAAACAAAAUGCUCAUGGCUUUAAAGACUGCAGCUGAGAAUUUAGCAAGUUUGCUAUCCAUGGACCUUUCUAGACUAUCAUCCUACUGAGCAAUACAGUUGUAUUCAUCAGUAUAUUUGUGUAUAUUUGUGUUCAUCAGUUGUUCCAGAAAAUUCAAACCACUCAUGAUUAGCAAUUCAGUUGUGGAGAAAUUAAAUUUCUCGUUUUGUAAGUGGGGGAAUGCGAUUUCUCUAGGCAAUGGCUAUUUUGUAGUGCUUUGUGUACUGUAACUGCAUGGGCAUUACAAGCACCUAUUGACUAGUUCCUGAGACAACAGCAGUUAUACAUUCACCAUUUUAGAACAUUUUCAAGUACAUGAGGCAUUCCUCUGCUACACUGCAACCCAGCAAAACACAUGGAGUCCAAAGCAUUCUUGCAAUAGUUGCAUGUGCCUAGUGAUUGGUUAUCUCCUAGAUCAGUGGUUCGCCACCACGGUCCUAGAUGUUUUAGAGAAUGAAUUUCCUCCGCUGCACUAAUGGUGCAUAGCGGUCUCUAAAUUUAAAGUGGGGGAAAAACUGACCCACUUGAAAAGCUAUUGGGUUGGGACAAGCAUAAAAUUCCAGUUGUGCAGAAAUGCAAAGAAAAGUCCAUGGAAGCUGCUUGCACUAAGUCAAGGUGACUGCAUCUGCACUUGCAUUGCCCGUUGCUGAAGAUGCUGAGCAACAAUUCCUGGCCACUAUGAUAUCUGGGGGAGAAAGUGUUCAAGGUUGUACAAGAUCUUUUUUUAAAAAAAUUAUUGUAUCAUUUGAAUAUUCCAUUUUAUAUUAAUAUUCUUCAUUCGUUUUCAAACAAUACAUUUUCCCCCUUUUCCCCUCCCCCCUGUAUUUUCUUCAUAAUUUUAUCAAACAGCCAGCAGUAAGUUCAUUCUUUGUAACCUCUUCUCCCAUAUCUCCUCAUUGACUCCAGCUUCUUUCAUCCAGUCCGCAUAUAUUGACCAUAUCCUCAAAAUUUCACACUGUUUAUCUUGCCACAGUUUAUUUUUUGUUAUAUCGAAAAUGUCCAGUGUCACUUGUUCCCAGAUAUAUUCCAACCAUUUUUGGAUAAUGUUGUUCAAGAUCUUGCACAAAUGGAAACUGCUCUAGCAUUGUUUGUUUUCACUUGGGCAUCACAAAAUCUAAGCCAUUGUAUCCCACAACUAUGUAGUAUUUUUCUAAACCAGUUUUUUUUGUUCCUUUUAUAAGAGAGAAAGGGUCAAAGGUAGUAACUUCUCAGUGCUACUGAUUUCCUGGGAAUAGUAAAGUGUACACUUAAAACACUUUUCUGAAAAUUGGAUUGGACACCUGACCUGAAUCUGGUUUAUUCACUUGAUCUACAUUAUGGUUAAGAAGUGUUUAACUUUGGUUUGAUCGUGCUUUAAAAGGGCAGAGUUUGAGAACUCUAGAAAGAAGAUAGGUAUGAACUGGACAUCGAUUCAAGUCCAGAUCAUUCUUUGAUAUCUUUAAGGGGCAACAUCACCUCUAAAGGUUUGCUUGUACAAUCCUGAACAUUAUGGUGGAUUCUGCAUGGGCCAAAAACAGCGGUGUGAAAACGGUGUGAAAAUGGUUGAAAACGGUGUAAAAAGGUUUACACUGUUUCCACACCGCUGUUUUUGGCCCAUGCGGAAUCCGCCUAUUUUUCAGGGAGGGAGGUUCUCUAAAUACAACUAUAUUAAUUAUUAGCAUGUUAAAUAGGCUUUUGUAAACUAAACAUCCAUAAAAGCACAAAGUCCUCAGGUUCUAAGGUCUAUGUGAAAGAGGUACACUGUGCUACUGUUUGGUAGUUUUAAAACAUGCAUGCCUGCAGUUGUGUUUGAAGUGUGAGGCCUUUACAGCCAUCUUCAGAUCCUAAACAUUUUGUGCCAGUGUAUAUGUUUUCAAUGCCAUUGUAAGAUGUUUUGUCUAUAUUGCAUUACCAUUAUUUGCUAUUAAUUGUUAGCAAUGCAAAUUUUAAGCUGGGGGCAUUAGGACAGAGAAUAAUACAGUUUGUGGUGCUCAGAUGCCUGUCAACUGGAAGCAUGGGGGAGAGUAUCUUUGGUGUAGCAAUGAACUCUUUUACACCAUGUACUUUGCUAAAGGGUUUUUCCUGCCACAUAAUUCUUUGUUUCUACCUACUGAAAAUCACCAAGUCAAGACCCAUGAAUUCAGUACAUGAGCAGUUGAUUGCAAAUCAAGUGUUACUUUUUAAAGAAACAGCAUGCUUCUAUGAUCACUGUGUUCUCAGUAUAAAAUUAUUAUUUUCUUUUGUAGAAGUGUCCUUCAUCAAUCCAUUGUUAUUUUAGCAAGUUUUCAAAAUAAAAAUUAAAAUGUUAGCUGUA